AUGGACUCGAGCUUUAUUUCGAGAGAUACCAUUAUGCUGUCGACUUCCUGCUUCAAGAAACCAAUCAUCGAUGAUAGUGUAUCGUCGACGAAUACAACGAUCGAUUCCUCCGUCAAUAAACGAAACGUGGCGGUUGAGUCAACAUCCAAAGACAACGCGGCCCAUGGUCUUGAGCAAAAUUUGAAACUGUCGAAUGACGAAUUUCUAUCCAAUGUUUCUGCUAAAGAAUUAAAACUGCGUGAUAAUUUAUUAGAUUAUAACGCGUCAACCUCGAUCUUAUUAGCCCGCCUUGCUGCUAAAGAAACAGCCUCAGACCAAAAUUCAUUAUCAGAAACGUCGAAAUCAGAUCUAUCCACGGGAUUGAUUUCUUACAACAAUUUACCAUCAAUUAACAAAUCGAUUGCUCAAAACUUGAUCACGUCUGCUUCACCAGAUCAUAAUAGCAAUCUCUCUGUUACCACAAGCAACGUAAAUACUAUGAUAUUGGACAUCCUUACUCCACCAACCAGUCCUAAUGGUUUAACUGCUGAUUUGAAUCAAACUGAAAUGCCCCAAUGCAAUAAGUCACGUCAUACUUUGGAUGAUGACACAUUGCGUAAACUUGCGCAUCACUUUCUCUCACCCAAAGAAGAACGCAGUAAAGACGAUACAUUAUACGUUGCUCAAGAAAGUACAAAUGUAUUCUAUUUCCAGCCUGACUCUCACACUGAUAAAAUGUCUGAACAAAACAAGGGAGGAUUGCCAAGACUUCCGUUCGAAACUAUAAGAAAGCAAUCGUCUAUCUUCUCGAGCAAUUCAAAAUUCGGCAAUUCUUGGGGUGGAAUCCCCUCAAGAUGGUUACUUAUUGCUAACUUACCAAAAGAUAUUGAUGUGCCUACGCUAAUCGAACUUGUUCAGGCACAAGGCGAAGUCAAUGAAAUCUUUAUUCGAUUUCUACGCACUCAUGGUUUCAUUUACUCGGUAUUCUAUGAUAUCCGCGACGCUAUUAAAGCGCGCAGGCAACUUCGUUCCCAUUCAAUAAACGGGAAGCAUCUGAAUGUCGAAUUUUGUGCUAGACCGUUCUCAAAAAACUCCUCUCAGUCAGACAAUCCUAAACCUAGUAAAUGGGAUAACGAGGGUAUUUUAAUGUUAGAAGUACUUGGUAAACGGUUCGAUGAGUCAACAAUCAAGGCUGAACUAGAUUUUCAUGGGAAUAUUCGGUCGAUGACGCCACUCGAAUCGACAGAUUCUCAAAAGAUCUUGGUCGAAUACUAUGAUACUCGUGACGCGCUCGGUGCAAAAGAACUCUUGAAUGGAAAAAUUAUCAAGAACGCAACUGUUAAAGUUGAUUAUUAUAACUAUGACCCGCUUUCCUGGCAGAUGGCUAUCAACGUCUUUCAGCAAAAGAAAGAACAGGCGGAAUACAUUCAAAAAACGUUAGAGAAUUUUUAUUUAAGUUCCCCUUCCGUUGAACGUUCGCCCUACGCUCAAUUGGGUAAUAGCAUGUUCGCACAAAGACGGUUUCAGCCACAUGGAUUCGCUUUUGAAUCGUCUCAUGGAUCGAAUUCUUUCCGUUCCGGCUCUUCCUACAAUUCUUAUGGUUCGUUUAUGACUGGGGCAGAGGAUUUAUUCGAGACAGCUCAAAACGUAACAAUGCAAAAGAAAGGAGUACAGAAAUUAAAGCAAACAGGACCCAAUAAUAGCACUGUUAUCGUUUCUGGUGAUCGAAAAAUUCCUCCGCAGAAUAAGUUUGAUUCUAAAAAAAUCGCGAAUGGAGAAGACCCACGAACUACUUUCAUGAUUCGAAACAUUCCGAAUAAAUAUACUCAGCGCAUGUUAAUGGACACUCUUGAUGAGACGCACAAGGGCCAGUACGACUUCUUGUACUUGCGCAUGGAUUUUAAAAACAGGUGCAAUGUUGGUUAUGCCUUUAUCAACUUUAUAGACGCGAACGCAGUCCUAUCCUUUGCUGACGUGCGAGUUGGAAAGCGCUGGGCUUGCUUUAACUCGGAGAAGGUGUGUGAGCUUGCCUAUGCCAAUAUUCAAGGCAAGAAGGCUUUGGUUGAAAAAUUCCGAAAUAGCAGUGUUAUGGACGAGCUUCCAGAAUAUCGUCCAAAGGUAUUCUAUUCUUCUGGGAUAUUGCGAGGCCAAGAACAACCUUUUCCUAGCCCAAACGAUCCUCAGAAGAAAAAGAGGUCUUUGGCUGCUCGAGGUGCCGUAAAAUCAUCGUGUAGCACUGUCUAG